CCCCUCGUUUUGCGCCAAGUGAGCUUUAUACAAGAUCUCUCAUAAAGAAGAGUCUCAUAUGAUAGUGUAAGAUUAUAAAACAUUAGAUUAGAUUACGUAAAUGUUGCAUUUGCAGUUCAUCCAUUCUUUUAUUUUUGUUUUGGGCCAAAGCAUUGUCAUUUACACCCUCACAGUCAUUCAUCCUCCCAUCCCCAGAACAUAACGUCUCCUUCCGUGGCGAAAGUCUCUUCAUUUUCUAACUUCAUCCUCGUGAGCCUCUACAGCUUCAAUUGACAUGAACUCUGAACAGUCUCUUCCUCUGAACUCUGCGAAGAAAUGGCCGUGCAGACACAAUUAUCCGCAACUUCACAAGCACUUCUCUUCAUCAUGGUGGGUCUAACUCUCGACGUCUCAAAUGGAUUGCAAUACAAGGUUGGAGGCUCGAUUUGGUCCAUCCCUCCAUACCCAACUUACUACUCCAACUGGUCCUCCUCCCACCGUUUCUUCGUCGGCGACGUUCUCCUUUUCGAGUUCAGGACUGGCUUUUACAACGUGAUGCAAGUCUCGCGGCGCGAGUACGAGGCCUGCACGGCGGACAACCCCUUCCGGUCCUUCCGCACGGGGCCUGCGAGAGUCCCGCUGAUAGAGAAGGGCGUGUUCUAUUUCAUCUGCAGCGUCUCGUGUUACUGCUCUCUCGGGCAAAAAGUCGAGGUUGCCGCGUAUCAUCAUCCUGUUCCGGUCGUUGUUCCACCGCCAGACAUUGUUCCACCGCCUACCGGUCCAACCACAGUCACCGACACCGUGGUGCCGUCUUGUUCGCCCAAACAAUUGCUAGGCAAGGGAAUGGGUCCAAGCCACGAGCUCUUCAUACAAGCCCUUCAACAUCAACUAGUGUUGUUGCUCUGCCUUCUGGUGACUCUCCUACUUGUAGUGGAUCAUGAUUUCGUAGGAUGUGAGUUGAGAUCUUAG